UAGCCAAAUCCCAUCAGAGCCAAGAGCAGGCAGUUUCUUAUAGGGGGUGGAAAGCCGACCCUGAAAAUAAAAGUGCAGAAGGAGAACAGGCAGAGCAGGAGUGCAGACUGAGCUCUCAGCGCUUUUAUCAGCAGGACUGAGUGAGCCUUUUGUGAAAAGAGGUUGGGAUCUGCUGUGGGAAUCAUAUCCCCCCCUCUUUCUCUCUCUCUUUCUCCCUCUCUUUGCAUUCACCAAAGCCCAGGCAGGACUGAAAUCCCAUCCCCAAGCCAGGAUCCUACUUUGUAUCCACCUCUGGAGCAGCUCUGUGACUUUACCCAAGGCUUGCAAAAAAAGGACUUUGGACCCGGGAACAAAGUCACAAGCUCCCUGUCUGCCUGCUGUCAUUGACUGCGAGCAAAGCUGGGCAGCCUGGAUCUAAAGAAAUUUGUCUCCAACUGCAACACCAGCAUGCAGAACUACAAAUAUGACAAGGCGAUGCCCCCCGAGAGCAGGAACGGGGGCAGCACCACUUUAAACAACAAUAAUGGCACUGGGAGCUGCAAGAGGAUUCUGCUUAUUUUCCUGGAUCUGUUCUGCCUUGUAGUAGCUGCCCUGCCUUUCCUGAUAAUUGAAUCUAAUCAAAUCCGACCGUAUCAUCGGGGGUUUUACUGUGACGAUGAAAGCAUCAAGUACCCCAUCAAACCGGGAGAGACAAUUAAUGAUGCUGUGCUGUCCGCUGUGGGCAUUUUAAUUUCCGUCCUCGCUGUAAUAGUAGUAGAAUUCUUCCGCAUCUACUACUUGAAGGAGCGGUCCUUUUCCUUCAUCCAGAAUCCCUACGUGGCCGCCUUGUAUAAGCAGGUUGGCUGUUUUAUCUUCGGCUGCGCCAUCAGCCAGUCCUUUACGGACAUUGCCAAAGUUUCCAUCGGCCGCCUACGGCCCCACUUCCUGGCGGUCUGCAAUCCGGACUUCUCGAAGAUCAAUUGCUCCCUGGGAUACAUUCAGGAAUACGACUGUAGAGGCCUCAGUAACAAAGUAAUGGAAGCAAGGAAGUCGUUCUUCUCCGGACACGCCUCCUUCUCCAUGUACACCAUGCUCUACUUGGUGUUCUACCUGCAGUCGCGGUUUACGUGGAGAGGAGCCCGCCUCCUGCGUCCACUCCUGCAGUUCACGCUGCUGAUGAUGGCGUUCUACACGGGGCUGUCCCGGGUCUCGGACCACAAGCACCAUCCCUCGGACGUGCUGGCAGGAUUCGUACAGGGAGCGCUGGUGGCGUAUUGCAUAGUCUUCUUUGUCUCCGACCUUUUCAAGCCAUCAAAGAAGAACUGCCCACCACCCCCUGUAAAGAAGGACACGCUGUCACCCGUGGACAUUAUCGACAGGAACAUCGUAUAAGAACCACAAAAAAAAAAAAAAAAGAUCGUGAACAUAACUUCUGACGGUGAAUUCAACUGCCUGCUGCUUUCAAAUCUCAUCAGACAGUAGAAUGUAGGGAAAGACUGUUAUACCCAACCAAAAAGAAAAAAGAAGAAAAAAAACAUAUGCAUAAAAAAGUAACAAAAAAAAAAAGAAUUGUCUGCUAUGAGGCCUUUCGAUUGCAACGCCGCGUAACCUGGGUGAUUACCGACUAACAGAAAGCCAAGCAACGUCGGGACAUGGAGUUGGAAUUUUCCGGAUGUACAACCCGAUCGUUAUCUGUUCAUGUUUUAAUGAACAAUUAUCCUGUUCAUAACUUUAUGAACGCUAAACUUUUU